GGUUCGAGGGCCCUCGGCGCCGCCGCUCCGCCCGGGAUGGCCGCCGUGCUCGUCAACAAGCCUGGAGCAGGAGCCGACAGCGGCCGGCAAGGCAGCCGGGGCACGGCCGUGGUGAAGGUGCUCGAGUGUGGCGUCUGUGAGGAUGUGUUCUCGCUGCAAGGGGACAAGGUGCCUCGCCUUCUGCUUUGCGGCCACACGGUCUGUCACGACUGCCUCACCCGCCUGCCUCUGCACGGGAGAGCCAUCCGCUGCCCGUUUGACCGACAGGUGACAGACCUAGGAGAUUCAGGCGUCUGGGGAUUGAAAAAAAAUUUCGCUUUAUUGGAACUUCUGGAACGUUUGCAGAAUGGACAUAUUGGUCAAUAUGGAGCUGCUGAAGAAGCCAUUGGGAUAUCUGGAGAGAGCAUCACCCGCUGCGAUGAAGAUGAAGCUCACGUUGCAUCUGUUUAUUGCACUGUUUGUGCCACUCACUUGUGUUCCGAGUGUUCCCAAGGCACUCAUUCGACAAAGACUUUGGCGAAGCACAGGCGAGUGCCUCUGGCUGAUAAGCCUCAUGAGAAAACCAUGUGCUCCCAGCACCAGGUGCACGCCAUUGAGUUUGUGUGUUUGGAGGAAGCUUGUCAAAGCAGCCCACUCAUGUGCUGUGUCUGCAAGGAAUACGGAAAACACCAGGGUCACAAGCAUUCAGUAUUGGAACCGGAAGCUAACCAGAUCCGAGCAUCAAUUUUAGAUAUGGCUCACUGCAUACGGACCUUCACCGAGGAAAUUUCAGAUUAUUCCAGAAAAUUGGUCGGAAUUGUUCAGCACAUUGAAGGUGGAGAACAAAUAGUUGAAGAUGGAAUUGGAAUGGCUCACACAGAACAUGUACCAGGCACUGCAGAGAAUGCUCGAUCAUGUGUCCGAGCCUAUUUUUCGGAUCUGCAUGAAACUCUGUGUCGACAAGAAGAGAUGGCUCUAAGUGUGGUUGAUGCUCAUGUUCGUGAAAAGCUGAUUUGGCUCAGGCAGCAGCAAGAAGAUAUGACUAUUUUGUUGUCCCAGGUUUCAACAGCCUGCCUCCAUUGUGAGAAGACUUUACAGCAAGAUGACUGCAGAGUUGUGUUGGCAAAACAAGAAAUCACCAGGUUACUGGAAACCCUGCAGAAGCAGCAGCAGCAGUUCACGGAAGUUGCAGAUCACAUCCAGUUGGAUGCCAGCAUCCCUGUCACCUUCACAAAGGACAAUAGGGUUCACAUUGGACCAAAAAUGGAAAUUCGAGUUGUUACAUUAGGAUUGGAUGGGGCUGGAAAAACUACUAUUUUGUUUAAAUUAAAACAGGAUGAAUUCAUGCAGCCCAUUCCCACAAUUGGUUUUAAUGUGGAAACUGUUGAAUAUAAAAAUCUGAAAUUCACCAUCUGGGAUGUAGGUGGAAAACACAAGUUAAGACCCUUGUGGAAACAUUAUUACCUCAAUACCCAAGCUGUUGUGUUUGUUGUUGAUAGCAGUCACAGAGACAGAAUUAGUGAAGCACACAGCGAGCUUGCAAAGCUGUUAACGGAAAAGGAACUCCGCGAUGCACUGCUCCUCAUUUUUGCUAACAAACAGGACGUUGCUGGAGCGCUGUCGGUGGAGGCCGUCGCUGAACUGCUGAGUCUGCACAAGCUGUGCUGUGGCCGGAGCUGGUUCAUCCAGGGCUGUGACGCCCGCAGCGGCAUGGGGCUGCACGAGGGCCUAGACUGGCUCUCCCGGCAGCUCGUGGCUGCCGGAGUAUUGGAUGUCGCUUGAUUUUAAAUGCAGCAGUUUUGUUUAAGAGUUAUUUUUCGAACAAUAUUGUUAUAAGAAAUUCUACACCUCCAAGAUGAUAAUUUAGGAAAAAGAAUCGUAGAUUGGAAAGUAAACACAUUGUUUCUUUAAAAAGUUAUUCUGUGGUAAAAUUUAAAUAUCUGAGAUAUCGAAUUAAACAGAGGUUUGUUCAGUCUACCUUUUAAAAGUACACGUUAUGUCCAUCCUUCAGAUGGCACGUGACCCGCAUGUCGGAAAAGCGGUAGUCACAGAGGAGGGACAAGUGGAGCAUUAUUCUUUCAAUGAAGAAAAUAACUAACUGUCUAAUUCUAACCUAAGCUGUGUGGGAGCGAGGCUUCUCCCCUCCCUGCCUUCUCACUGCAUCACGGUGGUCGUUAGAAAUGGCAGGUGUUCAGUGAGCAUGUAAACUGCACUUUCCGUGGAAUGAUUCCGUUUACGUUCAGUGGAACAGAACACCUUUAAUGCUAAGAAAUACGUGCUCUAGAAGAGGCUUUAUACAGUGUUUCAGUAACAUUUUCUCCUGAAGAAUUUUAUAUAAAACAGUGAGAGAAUGAAAUAUCUCGGCCUGAUUGUUAGAUACAUACUAUGCUGAAAAAUAAAAGCUGUGAAAGUCACCGGAUGUCACCGAGAGCCGCGAUCCCAGGGCGGAGCCUGGGCAUGCGUGCCUCCCAGGCCAGGGUUCCAGCCUGGGCCUUCUGUCCUUCAACACAUUUCACAGAGAAAGUUUCUGCUUUGUGGGAUUGACAGUAGUGACACAAGUGACCAGGGUAGAGAUCUAAAUAAAAAACUAAGAGAAAUAGUUUAUAAACAGUGAGAAAUGCUUAUUUACUGUAGAAUAUUUCCCCACUUAAGUGCAUUUAUGUAGACAAUAACACAGAAUCAAGGCUCACGACAAAGCUUUGAUAAGUUAUUUAAGAGGAAAAAUAGGUCUAGGGAAGGAAAAGAAACAUUCUAAGAGUUUACAUUUAUUAUGCAGUGUUGUGAGCAAAAGAAAUGUUGUGCUUUUUAUUUUGAAAAGACAUUCUCAUAUGGAAGCACGAUUUAUUAUAUUUAAGUAGCUAUAUGAGUGUUUUUUUUAAUGCUCUUCAUGAGACCGAAGCUUUAAACACAUCAGUUGAAUUGUAAAUGCAGUAACGUUGGAAGACAAGGGGUUACCUUUAGCUGGCGGAGUUUUGGGUUCAGUCUUUUCAAACCUUUUUUUUAAACAAGACUUAAAAAAAAAAUGAAGCAUUAAAAUCCCAUCGAUGUUAUGGGCAACAUGUAAAUAAGCAAGUUAAUAUUUUGUCCUUUCUAUUUUAAUUUCAAGGUCAUGCUGUUACAAGUGUAGUUUGUAUGCAUAAGUAGUAGUUUGGAAUUAAAUUAUUUAAUGUGACUGAUUUCAGUUAACUGUGAAAAAUAAAGUAUUGCAUUUGCCUGUGA